AUGAUGCUGGGUACUACAACAUUCAUGAUGUUGUGCUUACAACUCCUUUCCGAAAUAAGCAUCCAUCGUCCGCUUGUUCAAGCCUUAUCAUCACCGAGCAGCAGGUCAUUAGAAACACAAUAUUCCAGUGAGAUUAUAGCAGGAGGAACUACAGUCAAUGACGAUACUCCUGCCAUACAUUCCAAAUUACUUCUUCCCCUCGGAAUUGCUUAUUCACCUCUCACCCGAGACGUUUAUAUUUGUGAUGGAAAUCGGAUUCGUAAGAUCUCAUACAAUAAUGAAACAAAUAUCAUUACAUCCAUAGCUGGAAAUAGUAGUGUCGGUUAUGGUGGAGAUUACAUGUUGGCCCUCACAAAUUCCAUCCUUAAUACGCCUUAUGCUAUUGCAGUCUCACCCAUAAGCGGUGAUGUGUACUUUACUGAUACAAAAAAUCAUCGAAUACGACAAAUUUUGCUCAGCUCCAAUGGUACGAUCAUUACUGUAGCAGGAAAUGGAGUGGCAGCUGAUUUUGGAAGUGAAUGUUGGCCAGCUACAAAUUGUAGUUUAAAUUCACCUUCAGGAAUUGCAAUUUCUCUGGAUAAUGAAAUUUAUAUCAGUGAUACAGGUAAUCAUAAGAUUCGAAAAAUAUUGCGGAAUGGUACGAUCGUUACAAUUGCUGGGAUUAGUGGAAAUGGAGGAUUUAACGGGGAUGGGCUUGCCACAAAUUGUAAACUAAAUGGCCCUUCUGGAAUUGCAGUUUCCAAUAAUUCAAGAGAGGUUUAUUUUUCGGACACAAAAAAUCAUCGAAUACGAAAAAUAGGGUUGGAUGGAUCAUUAACAACCAUAGCAGGAAACGGGCAAAAUGGAUUCAAUGGGGAUGGAGUGGCAACCAAUAGCAAAUUGAAUUAUCCUCGUGGUCUUGAAGAUAUCUGUAUCUGGGGUAUUACCACUAUUGCAGGGACUGGAACGAAUGGUGGGUUCGAAGGAGACGGGAGCCUUGCAGUCAAUGCCAAGUUUAACUCUCCCUAUUACAUUACUCUUACCCCAAAUCACGAGUUGCUAAUUACUGAUACUUACAAUUACAGGAUUAGAAAUAUUUCUCUUGUAGACAAUAUUGUUCGCACGAUCGCUGGAUACGGUGACGGGGACGGCUACCAAGCGAAAUAUUCACAUUUAAUUGUUGGAGAAUUGUUUUUUUCUACUUUAACUAGCGACUUUAAUUAUGUGGCUUUGUCACCCAAUAAUGAAAUUUAUAUACAAGACAUGUUGUUAAAUAGAGUAAGAAAAAUUGAUGUCAAUGGCAUAAUUACAACUGUUGUACCGUCAGGAUCCAUUGGUGGUUUUACAUUUUACAACAGCCCUGGAAUUUCAAUAACGAAAAAUAAUGAGAUGAUUCUUGCGGACUCUGAUAACGACAUGAUCAUGAAAAUGACAAGCAAUGGAGUUAUUUCACCGUUUGCAGGGGGAGGAUCUAAUGCAGGAGAUGGAAUGCCCGCUCUUCAAUCACGAAUAGUUUGUCCAUGCAGUGUUGCAGUUUCACCUUUAACCGGUGAGGUAUUUUUCGUAGAAUCCUACAGAAAUAGGAUUAGAAAAAUUGACUCGAGUGGAAAUAUUAUUCGAAUUGCUGGGACUGGAAAUAAUGGGUUCUCUGGUGAUGGAGGUCCUGCCAUAAAUGCAGACUUAGACACCCCUGAUGGAAUUGUCAUUGCUACUAAUGGUGAAAUAUUUGUGAGCGAUACCUACAAUCAUAGGCUUAGAAAAAUUUUCACAAAUGGUACCAUUGUGACCAUUGCUGGGACUGGAAAUUAUGGAUAUUCUGGUGACGGAGGUAGUGCAUUAUUGGCUGACCUACACUAUCCGAGAAGUAUCAACGUCGUUCCAAGCGGUGAGGUGUUUUUUAUUCAAUAUUCACAAGCAAAUUCAUACACCUCAGUGAUUCGAAAGAUAUCGAAAGAUGGAAAUAUCACUUCUUUGAUGUCUCAAAAUUCUGAUUGUAAUGCCAACCAAUUGUCUUGUACCCUGAAUAACAUUGCAGUAUCCAAUUUUGGGGAGGUGAUUGCAACAUGGGAGUUUAGCUUACAAAAGCUAACUCCUUUUUGUAGCUCUCAAAAUCUGACACUCAAUGAUUUUGGGCAAUGCGAAUCACCUCAAUGCUUUGGUAUUGACUCAAAUUCUUCACUUGUUUGUUCAACACAUGGCGUGUGUGAGAAACCAGAUCGCUGCUCUUGUUUUCCUGGAUACAAUGGAUCUGAAUGUCAGUGGAUAGACUGCUACGGAAUACUAGAUUUUAAUAGCUCCUAUGUUUGCUCGUCGCAUGGAAUAUGCUCACACCCAAACAAUUGUACAUGCACAGAGGGCUAUUUUGGUUUACAAUGCGAGCAGACCACAUGCUUUGGAAUAUUGAAUACCAAUACAACUGCUGUUUGUUCUGGUCAUGAACGAGGGUAUUGCAGCUCGUUUAACAAUUGCACUUGUCAUGAAGGGUAUCAAGGAAUUAUGUGUGAGUUGAGUCAAUGCUUUGGUUUGUGGAGUAAUAGCUCUGAAACUUGCUCCUCGAAUGGCAACUGUACCUCGUACAAUACUUGUACGUGCUUUGAAAAUUACUUUGGAAUCAAUUGUCAAGUUACAUCAUGUUUUGGAAAAUUAAGUAAUGAUUCUGCUGUGUGCUCUUCGAACGGUAAUUGUACCUCUUCCAACUGGUGCAGCUGUUUUUCAGAUUAUUUUGGGCCUGAAUGUGAGAUUACCUCAUGUUAUGGAAUAUUUAGCAAUGACUCUAUGGUAUGUUCAUCUAAAGGCCGGUGCGUCGCUCACAACAGUUGCUCCUGUGACGAAGGAUAUCAUGGAAGAGAAUGUGAAAUCAUGGAAUGCUUUGGAUUGUUGAGCAACGACUCCAACGUGUGCUCUUCCAACGGAAACUGUACUUCUCUCAACCACUGCACUUGCAAUGAAAGCUAUUCAGGAAUAGAAUGUCAAAUUGCACAAUGCUUUGGAUGGUGGAGCAAUGAUACCAAUGUUUGUAACAACAGGAGAGGAAAUUGUACCAAAUUCAACCAUUGUGAAUGUCAGGAGCACUACUAUGGUCGUGAAUGCGAAGUUACAGAGUGCUACGGACACUAUUCAAACUCCUCACAGGCAUGUUCUUCAAGUCAAGGAAAAUGCGUAUCCUUUAAUAACUGUUCCUGUGAUCCAGAAUAUUAUGGUGAUGAAUGUCAACUGUUCCAGUGCUUUGGCCAUGACAGUACCAAUGAUCCGUUAGUCUGCUCUGGCCAUGGUAAUUGUACAGGGCCAAAUCAUUGUGAAUGCAUGGCUGAGUAUUUUGGCCCCAAUUGCUCUACGACUACAUGUUUUGGUUUAACCUCAAAUACUAGCACUGUAUGCAACAAUCAUGGUCGCUGCGUAAACAAAGACUUUUGUCUCUGCUCUGAAGAUUUUUACGGCCUUGAAUGCAACGUUACAACUUGUUUUGGAAAAUUCUCAAACGAUUCCUCUGUAUGUAAUUCACAUGGAAAUUGUAUUUCCAAAGACCAAUGUCAUUGCAGGCAAGGAUAUGAAGGCACAGAGUGUGAAAUUUCUUAUUGCUUUGGAAUUUUAGGAAAUGUUUCCAAUGUUUGUUCUGGAGCAGGAAAUUGCACCUCUCUUAACAAUUGCACAUGUUUUGACAACUAUUUUGGUCAUGAAUGUGAAUUAACCACCUGUUUUGGAGUGUCGAGUAAUGAUUCAAGCGCGGCUUGCUCUGGAAAUAAUCGAGGACGCUGUACAAAAUAUAAUAAUUGUGAAUGCAAGGACAGCUAUUCUGGAAAUAGAUGUCAAUUUCACAAGUGUUUUGGAAUUUGGAAUAACGAUUCGUCUGUGUGCUCUUCCAAAGGAAAUUGUUCUGAUGUCAACAUUUGUGAGUGUGAUGCGAACUAUUUCGGUAGAGCAUGUAACCUUACUACAUGCUAUGGAAUUCAAAGUGAUGCUUCCAGUGUUUGCUCAUCAAAGGGAGAAUGUGUGGCACCAAACAUUUGUCAUUGCUUUGAAAAUUAUUACGGUUCAAAGUGUGAAGUGACUGAGUGCUUUGAAUUGGCGAGUAACUCGUCUCACUCUUGUUCAUCCAGGGGAACCUGUAUUGAGUUUAAUAAGUGUCAAUGUUUUGAACACUAUUUUGGACCAAAAUGUGAGCAAACAACAUGUUUUGGACAUAGGAGCAAUCAGUCGAAUGUUGUGUGUUCAAACAGAGGUAACUGCACGGACUUUAACGUAUGCACAUGCAAGGACUCUUAUUUUGGACAGAAUUGUGAGCUUCACAAGUGUUUUGGAAUUCCUAGCAACAGUUCCCAAGUUUGUUCUUCUAAUGGCAAUUGCACGGACACUGAUACGUGCCUGUGCUUCCCCCAUUACUCUGGCCUCAAUUGCUCGGCAGACAAUCCUAACAUUAUUGUUCCAGGCACCUCAACGCCACACUUCACAAACGAAGCUAUUUUUUAUGUUGUUGCAGUAAUAGCUCCCAUUACCGUUGCAGCACUUUUUUUGGUGUUGUUGGGACUUAUUGUGAUCAUAAUCAUUGUUGUACGAAGAAAGAAAAAGAAGGAACGUAACUUUUACAAUGUCACACUUGAAGGAAGCCCCAGUUUUGUAAAUCAAGAAAUGAAAGAAACUGAAUUCUAG